AGUUCUAUUCACAGUUCCAUGCUGUGUAGAUGUUCUGCUCAUCCUCACUGUACCGUAAAGGUCAGAACCUCACAUCUGUAACCUUGUAGCUUUCCUUAAUCAACACGACUGCAACCAAGCUUGUGUGUCACUACUAUUUUUAGAUCUCCGCCUCAAAAGUAUUGGCGCCCUGCGCGUCCGCCUCUCAAAUCUAUUGGCGCCCUGUGCGUCCGGCUCUCAAAUCUAUUGGCGCCCUACACGGCCGGCACUCAAAUCUAUCGCCGCCCUACGCGGCCGGCUCUCAAAUGUAUUGGCGCCCUACGCAUCCGGCUCUCAAAACUAUUGGUGCCCUUAGCGUCGGCUCUCAAAAGUAUUGGCGCCCUUCACGGGCAGCUCUCAAAAGUAUUGGCACCCGAUCCAAAUUUUGCCACAGCAAGCACCACGCACAUUUUCUUCAGGAAAUGUCCCUUAAAAUAAUAAAAAGUCUCUCACUCGGCUGUGUGUCGAGAUAAACGUAAAAACAUCUUGAGCUUGUGUUCACCACAGAACUUAUUUCCGGCAUUUAACCCAAAACCCCAUUGACGGAAGUGCUAAUAUGCUGACUCGUUUCUGGGUUUCACGACUCAUUCCUGCAGCACUCUGUAAGACGGGCUAUUGUUAUCAAACCAUUGAAAUCGGAUAAGCAGCUUUGGUAAUGAUUCUUUAAAUGAACCGAUUCAGAAUCCUCUUCUUGAAUCGUUUGAGUCAUUCUCACUCGGUCAGGGUUGCGCGUGUGGGUUGCUUUUCCUGCAUGUGUAAUCAGCACGUGUUCACAGACCGUAAAUCCCGACCCCAUGGUAGACACUCGACAGAAAUUUCAUACUAAAGUUGUGUUUGAGUUGUGCAGGCUUGUGUCACCUGACUUAAAGAAGGCAUUGUUUGAAGGGCUUGAUCAGCACCUCCCACGACUCCUGCAGUUGUACAACACCGAGAGGCAGUGAAAUACCCGAAAUCCCACAUGUGAUGACCCGCAUUGAUCAAGAGUUUAUUUUGGAUACAGGCAGAGGAAGCUCAGCGAAAGCUUAAGAGACAGAAUGGAGAGGACCCAGGUAAGCUAUUUCUUCAGUGAUUGUAGUCAUAUCUGAAAAUGAUUGGUCAGUUGAAUGCAGAUUGCUGAAGUGUGAGUGUCUGUGUGUGUCGUAGCCCUGCCUCCAUUCUGCCCACUGUUUGCCAGCUUGGGAAACAUUCUGCAGUGUGACGUGCUGCUUGGCAUGCUGGGAGCUGUGCUGCAGUGGGCUAUGGAGCCCAGGGAGGACACUGGUCUGAGUCCAUGCUGCAGAGGGUGCUGCACUUGAUAGGCAUGGCUCUGCUGGAGGAGCAGCAACAGCUAGAGAACAUUGGGGAUGACGAUGAAGUUACUUUCAACUUCACCCUCAAAAUCUCCCAUGGUGGUUAGUAUUAAAAUGAUGCGCGAGUGCACAGCUGCUGCACCUCCCUGUGAAGGAACAGGGCACUGUCAUAAGGAGACUGUGUGGGACAAAGACAAAGCAUAGAGAAAAAGGAAAGCUGAACUGUGCUGGAAAAAGACAAUGGCUCAAACAUUAGAGAGCCAGAGUCAUUUUAUCAAUAAGUACAUAGAUCUGCUCACGCAGGAUUCAGAGGAUCUGGACGCCUCAGCCUCUACAUCAGCAGAGCAUAGGUACCUAAGCAUGCUCGUAGUGACGCAGUGUUCUUAAUAAGUCAACUUGUAUUGUAUUCUCAAUAUCCAGUCAGUACAUUUAUGUCAGUAAAUGCAUGCAUCAACACUUCCUUGACUUUGCUGAGCAGUUGUCUGUUCUUUGUCCUAAAAGUUCUUGCAUAUAAUGGUGGUCUUCACAUAACAUAAGUAAAUUCCCAUCCUUAAACUCUUUAUCUUGCAUAUUCAUUUCGAGCAUUUUCUGUUGGGGUAAAUGAGUAGAGAGGAUCCUAGGCCAUUUUUAGCAAUUUCCUGGUGAGUAAAAAAAGAUGAAUCCAUUUAUUCAACAUUGAUUAUUUUAACAAAUUCAGAGGGACCUUAACAUAAAAUUAAGGUUAUAGUGUACUCGUAACCAUCCGUCUCUGCUUGGUACAGCCCCAGUUCAUGUGACGGUGCUCUGGUGUGUGUGGGACCUCGUCGUUGGCGUGCCAGAGGAGGAGAGAGGAGGCAGAUGGAGAUGCGUAUCCUGUGUCACGAAGCGCAGGAGAUCCUACCUGAUGGCACCACCAUGGUGCUCGCUGCCUUUGUCCAACGCUCUACGGUCAUGUCUAAGAACCGCAAAAGACCCCCUCACAAUCCAGAGAGCUGUGAUCCCCUCUUCAUGCACCCUGACCUGUCCUUUGGUACCCAUACCGGCAGCUGUGGCCACAUCAUGCACUCUCACUGCUGGCAGAGGUCUUUGAAUAUCAAUGAUGCAAACAGGGAGGAGAAAUAUAACAGAACGAAAGACCAACAAUCAGAAGCAGCAGAUCGCCAAGAUGGAUAUCUGGGGCGUCAGGAUGCCACCAAUGUUAGUGGAGUACUUUGCCACGUUGCGCCAACAGUCGGAAGAUUACCAAGCUGCGCUACGAAAGCAGCAGGACGCCAGGAAUUACCUGGGCUUCAACUUACCGCCUAUGUUCAUGCAGGACUACGCCAUGCUACGCCAACAGGAGGAGGAGUCCAGGUACAAGGGGGAGUUUGUGUUCAGUACAGAGACCCAGCCCGGGACCGACAGGGUGACCUCAGAGCUCGAACCUGAGCUCCACGAGGUGGGCUCACCUGCCGAGCUCCAGCAAAGGGUCAGCGGGGAGGCACUAGCACCAGGCUUUGAUGUCCGAGUCCCAGUCAAGUCUCAAGUCCCUAAGGUCCCAGCCAAGCCUCGCGUCCCUGAGGUCCAAAUCAAGCCUCGCGUCCCUGAGUUCACGUUCAGGCCUACUGACCCAAAUGACCAAAUGCGCUCACGCCCAGCCAAGCUCCGCUCACGCCACAGUCCGCCGACACGCACCGCCAAGCUCCGCUCACGCCACAGUCCGCCGACACGCACCGCCAAGCUCCGCUCACGCCACAGUCCGCCGACACGCACCGCCAAGCUCCGCUCACGCCACAGUCCGCCGACACGCACAGCCAAGCUCCGCUCACGCCACAGUCCGCCGACAGGCACAGCCAAGCUCCGCUCACGCCACAGUCCGCCGACAGGCACAGCCAAGCUCUGCCCACGCCCCAGUCCGCCGACACGGCCAGCCAAGCUCUGCCCAUGCCCAAGGUUCACAUAGUGACCUCAGAGCCUCAGCCUCCCCGUUCAGCUGAGGUCGUCGCUCAGCCUCCCCGUUCAGCUGAGGUCGCUGCUCAGACUCCCCCGUUCAGCUGAGGUCGUCGCUCAGACUCCCCGUUCAGCUGAGGUCGUCGCUCAGACUCCCCGUUCAGCUGAGGUCGUCGCUCAGACUCCCCGUUCAGCUGAGGUCGCCGCCUGCUCCAUGGCAACUAGCGUUCCCCCCUUCUGCUUCGAGGAGACCCACGCUCCUCUCCCUGGCUGCACGGGGGACUUCUCUCGGCCUUCCAGUUCAGCUGGGGACAUUGCGCCGCUUUCAUGCUCUGCCGAGGAAAUAUCUCAGCCUCCCUGUGCCAUUGUAGAAGCCGCCCGGCCUCCUGAUUUUGCGGGGGACAUUUUCUCCAGGGGGCCAGGACCACCAGAUGGAGGACGUAUAAUUUUGGGCACUACUCCCGGAGCGGGGGAGGGUUCUGUCACGUAUCAGGAAGCUCUGGACUCCACUUCCCAUCAGCCACUGCACUGCACUACAUGUCACAUGACCACCUGCACCUGAUUCACGUUUUGGUUAAUGAGCACUCGUGUGUGUGUGUGUGUGUGUGUGUGUGUGUGUGUGUGUGUGUGUGUGUGUGUGUGUGUGUAUAUAGCCAUUGUCUGCACUGAUUCACUGUCUUUUGUUGUAUGAGACUACCAUGUUACAUGUUUUGUUUCAUGCCACAGUAUUUUGCCUAGUUGUCGUACUGUCUAUGUUUUGUUGUUUGUUCAUAUAAUAAAUGUUAUAUA